GAAGCGCAAUAAUUUUCCCUAUUCCCAGCAUUUUAUCGCAAUACUGCCCAGCAAAAGCAAAAAGCAUGUCGUUAAUCAUUGAUUCAAUAAACGAACACGAGAUGGUGCGGAAGCUGCUGUUUGUCAUAGCCUAACUUUGUGUGCUUGUCGCUGCGAGGGAAAAUGUUGGAAAAGCUGGAUUUAGAGGAAAUCCGGGGCGCUGUCGAGGAUGAGGGCGUGCCAGAUGGUGACAGUGUAUCACAAGAGAAAGUGGAGAAGGCAUUUGGUCAGAAAUUCUACUUGAAAACCGAAGAAGCAGUGUCCCUUCAGAAGAGCUAUGUUCUCCACAUGCACAAGUCCGGGAGAUCCCUCGUGGCAGGUCUUUCAGGGCCUCAAGUUCAGUUAUAUAACAUCGGUGAGAGUUCCCUGACAACAAUACACACACGUGACUUCGAUAGUAGUGAAGGAGGAAUUUGUGGUGUUCGCUUCCUGAAUAAGAAUUCCAAUGUCUUCCUUUCGGGACAGACGGCAGGAAGCAUUGUUCUGCAUGAUAAGAGGGAGAAGAAGUCCGUUGCCACUCUGGAAGACACAACUAAUGGUUCCCGGAAGCCCUUCACGACUUUUGACGUGAAUUCCAACGACCGGGUGAUUUGUGUGGGAACUGAGCAGAUCUUGCAUGAUGUUUUUCUGCUGUUCUUUGACGUGAGGCAGAGACAGUUACUCGGCGGGUACUGGGAAAGUCACGAGGAUGACGUGACGAGCAUUCAAUUCCACCCAAGCGAUCCCGACAUCCUGGCUUCGGGCAGCACUGAUGGACUGAUCAAUGUCUUCAAGAUCUCAGCGGCAAGUGAGAGUGACGCGCUGGAUUACAGCCUGAAUACUGAGAAGACAGUGCAAAGGAUUAACUGGCACAAGCAGGAGAAGGGGAGCUUGCUGUCCAGCAUCAUGGAUUCACACGACUUUCAUGUCUAUACAGAAGACAGCGAUCUCUUGUCCAGCUUCUCGCGAGAAGACAUUACAGAACGCAUGUUAAGAAAGUCUGCAAGGGAUUGUUCGACGAUUGGCAGUCACAACUCUGCCGAUGGAAUGUUUUUGAUGACGGGAUCAAAUUUCCAAAACGGGGAGUGCUUGAGAAUCCUCAAAUAUCGUGAGAAAGAGCUUCAUCCUCAUGCCAACUUUAUCGGAAAUCAUCAAAUUAUCCGCUCCUACAUUCAUGACGAGGCUGAGGAUAUUUAUAUCACUGGAGGCGAGAAUGGGAUAAUUUCAUUAUGGACGCAUCAGCAGCCGACGAUUGAGGAGAAAUCCAAAGCUGUUGAUCGACGAAAAUCCCAUCAAACUGUAAAGCCAUAUUAAAAUGGGGUAAAAUACACGUUUA